AUGCUCCCUAACUCACUGCUGGUGCACCAGGUCCACCAAGUGUUGUCUGAACUUGUGCGGGACACGGGGAUGCGCGUCGAUAUGGUUGAUAAUAUCGAGACGCAGGAGAUGCCCGACGUGGUGAUUGGUACGCCGCAAAAACUCCUCUCCAAGUUCGACGUGUACAACCUCAACUUCAAGGUUGACGUUUUCCAAAAUAUCGCAUACCUGGUGCUCGACGAAGCGGACCAACUGGUGGAACAAACGAGCGAAGCGUGUUUGCGUCGAUUUCUGGCACUUGCAAACAAACGGGUGAAAACCAUUUUGGCCGCCGCCACGGUGUCCACGGCUGGAAGGCGAAGCACCAAAAACUCCAUAGACCGUUUGUUCAAGAACCUCACUGUGCGGAGCACGGAUCGAGUGCAUGCAUUACCAACGAACUUAGAGCCCAAUUUCGUAUACUGCACUGGCUACGAGCAAAAGGUGGAAAAGUUGCUGGAGAUACUCGGGGAGAUGAAACCACAACAACGAGCGCUCGUCUUCUGCGGGACAGUGAAGUCGUCAGAAGCGCUCUAUGAUAUUCUAAAGAAGACUCAUCGGCAUCUGGACGUCGGGUUAAUCAAUAGGUGCGUCGACGUGGAGACACAACUUGCUGUGGUUGACGAGCAACAUGGAAACAAGGUAAUCAUCUGUACCGAUUUGCUGGCGCGUGGCAUCGACAUACCACGCGUUUCGACAGUUGUGCAGUUCGACUUUCCGACGAACGUGCUGGAUUACAUCCACAGAUCCGGCAGAGCUGGCCGCAACAUGCAGCGAUGUAAAGCGAGUUUGCUGUGGACCGACGCAGACCGCGACUUUUUCACCUUGCUCAGCGAUAAUCACGACAAUCUGCCUGCACUGUUCAGCCGCAAGCGUGGGCUUCGAAAGAGGCUGAAGCGAGGUCUGCCUGUCGGCGAUACGCCAGCCCGAAGUGGUGGCGAAGACCUCAAUGACAAAAUGUAA